CGAGCUAUACUACCUUCUGUUUUCAGAUUUUCUUCAACCCCUCCUGACCUUACCUUGACCCCUGCGUCUUCCUGGCUGUAUAUAAAUGCACCACCAUGGCGUCUCCUGCUGGUUGUGAGGACAGAUCAACGAGAGUCGAGAGAGACACACUUGCCCGCACAAAUCGCCGCGUAUCUUCUUCUGUUAUCUGCUCGCGACCGAUCUCCAGGAAGCUUUUCGGAUGUCGAGCUUCAUCGGCGGCGUGGUGGGGGCGGUGGCAGUGGGGGCGCCGGUGGACGGGGGCGCGUCGCCGCUGCACAUUCUCGCGGUGGACGACAGCUCCGUCGACCGCGCCGUCAUCUCCGGCAUCCUUCGCAGCUCUCGGUUCCGUGUGACGGCCGUGGAUAGCGGGAAGAGGGCCUUGGAGCUGUUAGGAUCGGAGAACAACGUGAGCAUGAUAAUCACGGAUUACUGGAUGCCGGAGAUGACGGGAUACGAGCUCCUGAAGAAGGUCAAGGAGUCAUCCAGGCUGAAGCAGAUCCCCGUGGUGAUCAUGUCCUCGGAAAACGUGCCGACAAGAAUCAGCAGGUGCUUGGAGGAAGGCGCGGAGGAUUUCCUCGUGAAGCCCGUCAGGCGGUCUGACGUGUCCCGGGUGUUCAACCGCGUGCUCCCAUGAGAGCCGCCGGGCGCCGGCGGCGGCAUCGGUGAAUGCGGCGAAACGAUCUUGAAUCAUCUUUGUUGUCGUGUUUAGUUUGAGUCAAGAAGAUCUUGAAUCAACCGAGAAUAGCAAGGGUUCUUCGUUUUUGGAUUCUGUUUCUUCAGUUUGUCCAGGAGCAGUAGUCGUCUAGAAAUUAGUUGGGCCGUGGCAUGUUAAUUUACGAGCACUUGGUCGGAGGAAAAGGAAGGCUGUAACGAUGGAUUUUUUUUAGGGAAACGGCUGUGUGCAUUUUAUUGACAAUCAAAUAAAAAUAA